AUGUCUCUUGUGACCGACGAGAUCCGGGCAGCCGCGUCGGAGAUGUACGAAGGGGACGAGAUUUGCCAGGAGAAGUCUCGAUUCCUUCUGACGGAGAUGAAUCUGCCCAACGGUCUGCUGCCGCUCAAGGACAUGGAGGAGUGCGGGUACGUGAAGGAGACCGGGUUCGUGUGGCUCCGCCAGAAGGCCAAGUGCGAGCACCGGUUCGAGAAGAUCGGCCGGCCCGUGAGGUACGCCACCGAGGUCACUGCUUACGUGGAGCCCAACCGCAUCCGGAAGCUGACCGGAGUCAAGACCAAAGAGCUCCUCUUAUGGGUCACACUCUCUGACAUCUACGUGGACGACCCACCGACCGGAAAAAUCACGUUCAAAACCCCCGCCGGUCUCAGCCGCUCCUUCCCCGUCGAGGCUUUCCAGAUUGAGGAGGAGCCCAAGGUGGUGGAGGAGAAAGAGAAGGAGAAGGAAGAGGCUGGGGAUGGUGGGGUGCCGGCGCCGGAGGAAAAAGAGGAGGUGAAGGACAACUUGCCGGCGCCGGAGAAGGAAGUCAAGGUGGAUGCACCCGCGGCGGCGGCGGUGGAAGUGAAGGAGGUGUAG